AUGCAGCUUGUCGACUUCUCGCCGCCCGAAUGGCUUCUUAUCCAUUACUACUCAAUCGGAUCGAUAUCCAUAGUUCUGAACGCAUUCGCAGCGUACCUACUCAUUUUCCACUGCUCCAAACUCGGCACAUUCCGAUACUAUCUGCUCGUUUUUCAAGUCUGCUCAAUCAUUUCUUUUCUUAUUAGUUAAUCAGUCAAUUGCUUUCAGUUGCUGUGCGCCUUCACCGAUAUCGAUGCGAAUUUUCUAGUACAACCCGUGCUUCUGCUGCCAAUUCCUGCCGGAUAUACAGCCAGUGUCAUCGCCAGUUUGUUCGGCAUAUCCGCUCAUGUUUGUGUGGUUCGGAAAGAGCACACUGGUGCUCAGAAGACAAAUCGAUCGUUUUAGGCUCUUCUAGUACAGAAUUUGCUCCUUCAAAUGGCCGCUCUUCUGCUAUGCUUCCUAAUGAAACAUCAAGGAAUCGCCGUGAUUCUCAACUAUCAUACAUUUCCAGUUGGCACAAUUUAUCUCUUCUACUUUGGCUGUCUCACCACUCUUUGUGCCAUCGGCUGCCUGUUUGAGUAUGCCAGUUUGAGUGAAGAGGAUCAAUGGAAGUUGAUUAUACAAGUCUUAAAAUGAUUAUUUGCCACGUUUCACCAGAUGAUUUCAUUUCAGAACUAUCCAGACUACAUCUACAGCUUCCGACACCUUGCCAACUUUGAACUCUUUGUCAAGUCCACCUCUUUCCUCACACUUUUAUCGGUGGCUGGCGUGGAAUCGACGUUCGUCGCGAUUUCAGUGCUCCUUCUCACUUUUGACAUGUUUCAAAUGAUGAACGUUCUGAAGACUAAAAUAUCAUCGACGGCUUUUCAUAAGCAUCAGCACGCGAUGAAGAGUCUUCUGGUACAAUUUGCCACGUCUCUCCUAUGCAUUCUACCACCCACCUCCCUGACCACCAUUGUUUUUUUCGAAGUUCCAAACGCUCAAUGUAAGCUAAUUGAUUUUUCUCCUGAAAAUCCAACUCCUAUUACAGUUUUCGCCGCGUUUCUAACCGCCUGGACUAGUGCUCACUCGUCGAUCAGUGUCAUCUGUCUCAUGAUAUAUUUCCCGCCUUUCAAUAAGUUUAUAGUUGAAUCGUUCAAAAAGUAUGUUGUUGCAUCGUUGAAUGACCGGUACAGUACUAUUUUCAGGAACCGGCGAAGAGUUUCCGUUCCUGCAUCUAAUCACUUCUGA